AUGGCGCGUGGUGGCGCUGAAGAAGGCAGUGGAGAAGUCCGCAAGAGAAAGCGGCGAAAGCGAGCCAAAGACGAUGGCGACCAGGAGCGAGAGACCAGCGAACGACCGAGCGAUUCUUCUCGCCCCCUUAUCUCGACCGAGAAGAAGGAGAAACGUCGUGAAAUCCCCGAGAAGCCGACCGAGAUUCAGCCUGGUAGCUACUGGCUGACCCGAAUCGUCUUCAUCCGAGCCCUCGGCUUCGUCUACUUCGCCGCGUUCCUGGUGGCUCUGAACCAGAACAAGGAACUGGUGGGGAAGAACGGUCUUCUACCAACUCCCAGCUUCCUCGCCAGGUGGAGGCAGCACCUGCAGAUGCCGGACAAUGUGAGCGUUACCAUGGAGGCAGUCAAGGCGGUGCCGACCCUCAUGUGGUGGGUACCAGAGGAAGACACCGACCUGGCCCUGGACGCCAUGGCCUACACAGGACUGGCCAUCUCUGGAGUUCUAGUCCUCUUUGGAGCAGGGAAUGCAGUUAUGUUCACAAUCCUAUGGGCUCUCUACCACUCUAUCAUCAACGUCGGUCAGACUUGGUAUCACUUCGGCUGGGAGUCUCAGUUACUGGAGACGGGGUUCCUGGCCAUCUUCCUCUCUCCUGUCUUCUCCCUGCGCAGACUGCCUCAGAGCUCCCCGACCUCCUGGACAGUGGUGUGGGGAUACAGGUGGCUGCUCUUCAGACUCAUGCUGGGCGCCGGGCUGAUCAAGAUACGGCUGGAUCCCUGCUGGAAAGACCUGACCUGCAUGAACUACCACUACCAGACGCAGCCGGUACCCAACCCAAUAAGCUACUAUCUCCACCAGACCCCGGAGAGUGUUCACAAGAUGGAGACGCUGGCAAACCACGCAGUUGAGCUGGUCGCUCCGUUCCUUCUCGUCCUCCCUCGACCAAUCAGAACCUUCGGCGGUAUCGUCCAGGUCCUCUUCCAGGUGGUUCUGAUAGUCAGUGGCAACUUGAGUUUCCUCAACUGGCUGACCCUCGUCCCAGCCGUCAUGAGCUUCGACGACAAGACCCUCGGGUGUCUGUUCUCCGUGGCAACCAGACGCAGAGUCAUUGACAUCCAGUAUGACUGGAAGACACGGAGGAAGCCAAUCAGUGAGAGCUUGUCUGGUCUGUUCGAGGGUAUACACACUGAACUUUACAUGCCUACAGGAUGGUACUUUAGCCAGUUGGUCUCGCUGGCCCUGGCUGGGCUGAUUGGCUACCUCAGCAUACCUGUGGUCCAGAACAUGCUCUCCUCCAAUCAGAUCAUGAACACCUCAUUCAACAAGCUCAAAAUCGUUAAUUCUUACGGUCAUUUUGGCAGUAUCACGAGGGAGAGAACAGAGAUUGUUCUAGAAGGAACCUUCAACAGCUCCUGGGGGGAAGACGCUGGCUGGCUGGAGGUGGAGUUCAAAUGCAAACCGGGGGCCAUCGGACGUCGUCCUUGCUUCAUCUCCCCCUACCACUACCGCUUGGACUGGCUCAUGUGGUUCGCUGCCUUUCAGGAUUACAACCGUAACCCGUGGAUGCUGAACCUGGCAUCAAAGAUACUGGCUGGAGACCCGACAGUGGACUCUCUUCUGGCUUACAACCCUUUUUCUGACAAACCCCCCACGUACAUCAGGGCUCGCCACUAUCUGUACCGGUACACUGAGUGGGACAGUGUGGAGGCUCUCAGAGGUAACUGGUGGAAGAGGGACCUGUUAGAUGAGCUCUAUUUCCCUGUGGUCGCCGAGGAACAUCUGAGGCCGUUCGUUGAGGACCUCGGCUUCCACUGGUACACUCGUGGUGAAGACCGAUCCACUGACUGAAACUGGCGUCAUUUUCACUUUCAGUCCGUGCUAAUAAACAAAUGUAUGGUGCAAUACUAGAGCUGUACAUACCAAUAGUAGCGGAGCCUGCGCGAUUUUGUGGCAAUUGAACUUAACAAGUGCAUCGCGUGAGCACAUAGCAAAAAACCAUCUUACGCGGUUUGUGCAAGUGACCUAAAAUUCAGGUAUGAUUUGUGUGAAAUUGUAUAGUGGUUUGAGGACCAAAAUUUGAGAGAAAAAACCAGCAGAGAUAUGGGGAAAAACAGCACACUAUUUUGAAAAGAACGUUUGCAAGUGAUACAGUCAAAUUUAUUCCGAGGAGCCAUCCAAGUGUUCUCCCUCUCUGCCGUCAACCUCACUCCCGUGUGGGUGAGCUUCCCUGGACCACAGCAGUAGGUGCGUUGAUGAAGGAACGGGGCGAGGCCGAGUGAGAAAGUGAGUGCAGCAGGGACACUGCGUCAGGCUGUGCGGGAGAAGAAACCCGUCUGGAUGAUUGGUUGCUCCGGCGACGACCCCCUUGUACCCGACGCCAAAGCUCAGGAGGACUGAGUGUUGUUCGGAGCCGGUGGGUGUGGCCGGAAUGCUGGAGAG